AUGGAUAAGUGGAAUCCAUUUAAAGAAGAUUAUGAAGACACAAAUUUCAACUCUUACAGUAGAGGUCCUGGUAGACAUCUUCCUCAAGGAAAUCAGAAUAAACAAGCUGGAGUCCAGUUGUAUGUGACUGGUAUACCAAUACAGUUACCUCCUGAAGGGUUAAGGAAUUUGUUUCUGCAAACCGGAAGUGUAAAAGAUGUUAGAAUUAUGGAUUCUAAAAUUAGCGGAUCACAAAAUACGUUUGGGUUUGUGACAAUGGGUAAUCUGAAAGAAGCAACAGAGGCCAUCAGUAAAUUGAACAAUUUUCAGAUUGAUAGAUUUCGACUGAGAGUUCAGGCUUGUCAAUCACAAGAAGAGAGAGAACGUAGAAGACGAAAGAGAGAGGAAGAUGAUGCGUUUUUAAAUACCCUAAAUUGUGCCAAAAAUCCACAGCAAGAUAAUAGUGAUGAAGACUUGCAGAUUUCAAAAAGUGACUACAAUGGGACACAUAACAAUGCCAGAGCACCAAAUGAGAACUUGAUGAUAGAUAUUCCUAAUGUUAGCCUUUCAGAUUUAGAUGAUUCUAUAAUAAAACAAGGCCCACCGAGUUUAAAGAUAGCCUCCUCAGUACCGUCUAGUAGUAAUAGUAGUAUAUCUGAUUUAACUAUAACAGUUGGUAACCAAUCUAGACAAGUUAAACCAAACCUAGCUCAUAAAGUGAAAUCGUCCAAAGUGAAUGGAGUAGGACGAGGACUGAUCAGUACAGAUCUGAGUGCUACUGAGAAAUCGUACCGAGGUAUGGCCCAAGCUUUAAAUAAUAAUUCCCAUAAUCCUCAUAGUAGUCUAUAUGAAAGAAUGACAAGUUAUGUGAUAUUUCAAUAUCGACCAUCUGGAGUUCUAGAUAUUGUAUGUUUACAAUUAUUGAAAAAUUUUGAUAUUUUUGACGAACCUGGAGAUCAGUAUAAGCCCUGGUAUAAGUAUCAUCAUGUCAUCUUUAAUAAUUAA